ACAUAUACUGCUAAGAAACCCUUUGAUUCUGCUCAUUAUCCUCUCGAAGCAUCUCUAUCUAGUACAUACAAGCUACACACAACAAAUACCACAUUCGUUCAAUUACCUCUUACAUCAAAAUGCAUUCCUCAGCCAUUUUCACCUCUCUCGUUGCCAUUGCCAGCAUCGCAGCUGCAUCUCCAACUCGUCGAGAUACCUACUAUGCAGUAUCCGUCAACGUCAUUACAUCACCUGGCCUUGACCCAAACAAGGUUUCAGAGCCCGCACCUAUCGCGAUCAACCAGUUGACUGCAAUCAAUUGCGAUAGCACUGGGACUGGUUGUGCCUCUUCCGAACUCAUCCUCGACCCGAGCAUAGCAAUCAAUGUCGACAUCAACACCGUCGAGUGCCGUGCAUACAAGGACGCCGCUGGAGUAGAGCCCGGAAGUCUACCAUUCAACGUCAGCACCCCAGCUGAACUCUCUACCAACUUGGGUUCCAUCAGCUCCAUCUUGUGUUAUAUUGUCGAGACUGAUUAAGCGUUGAUGUGGAGGAUCAUUUAGUCUAGAGGCGAAAUUUGCUUGCUGCAUAGUACGGAGUUGCAUGGGUGGAGUAAGAAUCAUUUGGGAC